AUGGCUUGGUCAGUCGUUUCACCCGGUAGCAGUGAUUGGCUCUGUCUCACAACGAUGAUCUUCGUAUUGUUGCUCGUAUACGCUGGUGGAUGGCCCGCGUGUAAGCUACUCUUUUCAGUCUCGAUGGCUUUUGGCUUGAGCGCCCAACUGGUUCAACUCUUGCUACAACAACGCUUUGGCUCGAUUGUCGCUGGCGCUCUUCUCUGGAUCGUCUUCUGCGACUAUCUCUAUCUCAGGACUCCCUCUUGGCUUCGUCUUCGAGUCGCUGACAAGGUUUGUGGCAUUCAACAAGCACCUCACACUGAGCGGAAACCGACCCACGACCAGCUGCGCCCCAAAACUUACAUUUCGGCUCACCUUUCUGAGCUGCUCAGGGUUCACGGCAAUAUUACGUUUCACGAAGGACCUUUAAAUGAAGUUGUGCUGUCAGCUCGGAAUCGACAGUACCUAGAGUCCAAAAGUCUCUACGAUCCUGGAGAAACAGCUUCCAACUUCACUGGAAUCGCAACCUAUCCUGGUCGACCUGUCGCCGCUGAUCGAGAGGAUAUUCACUUUAUGCUUCAGAUGGUUUGGUUCUCCCUGGAAAAGAGCAUCCAAGAUCGCGUUGACCGAGAUGGCACAUUCGAGUGGAGCAGAUCGCGCCAUGGCAUCACUGGAUUAAACAUCUUUGCUAGUCAUCUGGAGCUGCUAUGGCAUCAGCAAAAGCCUCCGGUCAUCGACGGCUUAGCGCAUCCCGUCACUGAUUUCCGCAGUAUCUAUAAAUACGAGAUGUAUAGAGCUCGUAGCUUUCGACCUGCCUGUCUACCCGGAUUUGAAAAACGCCAUGACUCUAGGUGGUAUCUCAACGAUGAGGAAGCGAUCAAAAUCAACCAAGGAUGCCUUGAUUUUUCCGAACCAGAACUCGACGCUGAGCAGUCCGAGACCCUUCAUGGGCUGAAUGGUCAUCCGGACUAUGCCGGUGCAGAAGUCACAAACCCAGUCCUGGGUUGGCUUGAUGACAUGGAUCGUGCAAACGGCUUCUACGAUGCCAACGCCUAUCUGCCAUGCGCCUGCGGUCAGAAAGCGCUGUACGACCACCUCGCAUCGCGAUAUAGUGUCGAGCCGGGCUACAAUCCAACCCGGUACGCUCACGAAGCACCCCAACUGCAGCAUCUAGACGAUGCAGCACUCGAUCAGGACCGCCAACGCAAGGCCCAAGAAGAAGCUCACUUCAGCGGCACCACCAGCUUCCCACGAUCUCAAACCAUUGCACAAGACUGCAACCUCCAUGCCAUACCCACAAAUCGACCCUGGAUCCUCAUGGGAGCCUUUGAUGACCCCAACGAGGCCUUGGCCGGCACUAGCAACGACCUCCCUGUCCCCGGCUUUCCAAAUCUGACCAAGUACCCGCCGGGAUUCCGCAUGACCCGCGGCUUCCAAGAGCUCAAGCACGACUGUCUCCCGCCUCGUUGCAAGCAUGGGUAUUUGCACCCUCCCUUUACAGAGCACUGUAUGGGCUGCUUCCCCGACGGCGAACAGCACGACGAUUGCUCGGAGUGCGAGGCGCACGCUGCUGCGUGUGGACUUGAGCGAGAUGCCUCGUUCGAGAAGUGCUACGAGGAGAUAUCUGUGGAGUGGAACACGGAGCAGUUUGAGCAUGCUUACAAGAGAGAGAAGUUUCAAGAAGCGUGUGUGGUGUGGGAAAAGGAGCAUGCUAGUGACCCGAACCCUCGCUUUUCCGGUUUGCCUCCUUUGACGCGUAAUUGA